GGGAUGUCCACGUGGCUCCCGCUCCAGGCUGCCGGGCAUCUCGUAUCGGCGCUGGAGCCGCACUGCCGGGAACUGGGUGUGUCUCAGCCGGUCCCGCCAUCUCCGAUCGGCGCUGGGGGCCCCAGGCUGGGAAGGAAGGAAGGUAGGGGCUGCUAGAAUCAACUUUGCCCAGAGCCUUGGAGGAGUUUUUUUCUUUUUGCUUUGAUCCGCGUUGCUUCUCGACAACGGAUGGUAAAGGACUUUACAGGUGUGCGGGUAGUCUGUGCCCUGCGGAUGGCGGAGUGUGUUGGGGAGGGUAGAGGGCUGAGGUUGAAGGGCUGUGGAGUGGCGGCCUCUUUCCGACCGGCUUGGGGUGGGUUGUGAGGCAUGGGCACUGGCGUUUUUGUUGCCUGCAGUCCUGCCUCGUUCGUGAUUCAAGGGGCAUGGGAGGUUUCAACAUUUACAUGGCACAGGCUUAAGUAAGGAAAGGGAGUCCUCUCCUUCCCUCACUUUUCCUCAAGCAUCGCUUUUGAGGAGGCAACUAAGGCCUGCUCCUGUGAAUUGAUACAGACAAAUUUGAGAUGGUCUGUGUUUAAGCUUUUCUGGAAUUUGUGCUGGGGAUGGCAAAAGUUGGAGGCGAUCUGAGAACUACUCAACACCAGUUGAACGUUUACUAAAUGCGGGGGGGACAUUCUUUCUGUCAUACUCUUUUUUUCCUGGUCUUCAGUUCUCCAUACUUAAAAGUGUUAUCGUCCCAUUCCUCACCAGGGCUUCUUAAAAGUUCCCACCCAGAGUGGAGGUCGGCAAGACUUCGUUUGAACUGUUAUCUUGCUUAAGCAAUUAAGCUGAGUCCUUGAAAGCUUUUUUUUUUCUUUUUUGGUUUCUAGGUGGGAGUUGGGCUGCAGGUUGCCAGGUAAUAUCAGUUCUAGCAGACCAAUCCAGGCCCUGGGGGUGGGGGGUGGGGAGUGGCUUCUGGGGCUCUACUUGGGAGCUGCCCACCUGCUCUUCCCUUAUUUUCUCAGAGGCCAUAUCUUGUGGGGCUGGUGCUGCCCACCCUUUGGGGGAGAGGCAGGAAGUAUCCAUGAUCCAGCUGUAGUCCAAGUUAGGUAGUCAUUUGGGGUUGGAGAGGGUCUUGUGGAGAGAUUGUUCACCACAAACACACACAAAGAUGAGUAUGUGGAAGCUAGUCAAUCAGCCAGGAACUUAUUGAGGUUCCAUUAUGUUUAGACAUAGGGGGAUACUGUGGUAAACCAGACAUGGUCCCUGUCCUCCAGGAUCUUAUGUUUUUAUCAGAUCUUAUGUUUUAGACAGACAAUAAAUAAUGAUGAGGACAGAGGAAAGUGCAGCAUAUUAUAUAAUCAGCAGUAGUAAUCUACCUUGCAGGGUCUGGGAAGAGACAUUUUAAGAUGAGAUUGUGGGGGGCGGAGGGGAGGGGGAGCUUUCCUCAGAGGGAACAGUAUGUGAAGGCCUUGAGGUGGGAGAGAACAUGGCUUAUUGGAGAAACCCGUAUGGCUAGUGUAUACAGAGACAGACAGAGUGGUGAGAGAAGACACGCUGGAGGAGUCUGGUGGGGAAUACCAGGACCACUGUAAGCCAUUUAAGGACUUUAAACCUAGUGCUAAGAGCGGGAAGAUGCCCUUGGAGGGGAUUAGAGAGUGUCUCAAGAGGUGAUCAAAUGUGUAUUUUCACGUUUGUAGCUGGUUUUGAACCCUGCAGGGACAAGCCAGAUAUGGGAAAGCCAGUCGGGAGGUUGUUAAAGUUAAGAGAUGCUGGUGGCUGGCACACUCUUAGCCUGGGCUUAUCCUCUCCAUGAUCUUGGUACUCUGGGAGCUGUGCUGUUUGGGGUUUGAGGGGAGGGAUGGGUGAGGUCAGGUAAAGAGGGGCUUCUCUGACUGGGGCUCCAGUACCUGCCUGAUGGAAGUGGUGAUGAGUGGUUCAUAAAGCUGGACAUUGUCUCGAGAUUCUGGCCUAGUAGCUGGGUCAGGUAGGUGGCAGGGCAGGAGAUGCAGCCUCUUUGCUCACCUGGGAGUGUUUGCUGAGCGAGGUGCUAUUCAGUUGCUAGUUGUAAUUACAGGAUUGUGAAGGCUUGGGAGGAGUUAGUGCCUAAAACCUGCCACCUUUUACUUCAUCUCUGGGCCUGGCCUCCUAAAGUGUCCCUAUCUAUCCUUUUCUCUCGUUGGGCAUUGUUACUCUUCAGCUUGAUUAGGAGGGUGGGGGGGGGUGCAGUCACACCUGUUGCUUUUUUUUUAUUUUGGAAGAGGUACAGAGUUUCCCUUUGCUGCCAAAGGAGAGGUAAGACUGGCUUGUCCGUGUUUGUUCCUGUUCUCUGGCCUUUGCAUCAUCUAUAAUUUCGUAUAGUGGAGAUACCCCUGCCUCUGGCCUUGCCAGCCCUUCUAGCCACUUCUGGCCCUGCCCACGCCCACACUCUUGACAGGCCUGGGCGGAUGGCUCCCUGCCUGACAAGGCUGAAGAUGUUAGUUCUCAGGGAAGAGGUGGGGUGGGGCGGGGCUUUUCCGUCCACAGAAUCAAGCUUUCUCUUCUUUUGCUCUAACCUGGUUGGGGUAGGGAAGAGACUUGUCCCUUGGGACUACCUUUGAGAGGUUGGGUGGCACACUGUAGAGCCUUCAAAAUAGAAGUUCGAAAUAAGUGUGACUGUCAGCUGUGUAUACUGUGAUGCACUGUGCCAGGCAUGGUGGGUGACCAGGAAGUAUAAGCACAGUUUAAACCCUUCCAAGAGCCAAGAAAGAUAUAAGCUAAUAGAAUACAAAGGGUUAUUUGCCCCAAAGGAACUUGGAAUAUAGUUUUAGUAAUGAUGCAAGGAAUGUCAUGGGGUAGGGAAGUGGGUAGGAUGUGAUUGCCAGAGAAGUGAGCGGUACAGGAACACGUAUGAAUUCGGGGUGUGAGGAGAGAUGCGUUGGGGAGGGCUGAGGUGUCUUCUUGAGAAGGUGGGAUUUGAGCUAAGCAGAGACGAGAGGCCUAAGUGGGAUUUGAGGGAGGUAAGGUGGUUGUAAUUGGAAUUGCCUGCUUACUGACCUCCUCUCCUUUGGUGUGCCCCUGAGAGUGUCUGUCUUCAUCACUGCCAGCAGAUUACUCUUCUCAACAAUCUUGGUCUUUUUGAUGUUUUUAUUCCCCAGUUUAUCAAUCUCGUGUGGUUCCAAGUGUUUCUGGAUGGAGUCUAAACUUUUUUUUUCCCAGAAGGUUCUUGAACACUGCCAUCUGGUUGUGGCUGUGGCUCAUAGUUUGUACUUCUCUCUGCCCAGCAAGUCCAGAGUGUGUUGGGGCUCCUGCUGAGUCUGAGGCCAUUGGUGGAGGGCUUGGUACCUGGUUUACAGAGUGUGUAAAUCAGCUGCCCCCGAGGGCCCAUGCCCUGCAGCUUUCACUGUGCCUUCCUGACCUUAUUCCCUUUUGCCCCAGGUGCUGCUGCAUGAGGAGGGGGAUGAUUCUGGCUUUGUCAGUCUAUCUCGGCUGGGCCCCUGUUUGAGGGACAAGGACUUAGAGAUGGAGGAGCUGAUACUGCAGGAUGGGACACUGCUGGGGACCAUGCACAGCUAUAUGGAUGCCUCCCUCAUCUCCCUCAUUGAAGAUUUUGGUGGCCUUGGAGAGAUUCCGAGAACCUGUCUCCAUUUGACAGCAUUCCUGACUCAGAGCUGCUUGUGUCACCUCGGGAGGGCUCCUCUCUGCACAGGCUGCUCAGCCUCUCUCGGACACCCCCAGAACGUGACCUCAUCACCCCGACUGACCCAUUGGGGCCCAGCACAGGCAGUAGUAGAGUGAGUGGGGUUGAGAUGUCUCUCACAGAUCCUCCUUGGGACUUCUCUCCACCCUCUUUCUUGGAGACCUCCUCCCCCAAGCUUCCUAGCUGGAGACCCCCAAGGUCAAGACCCCGCUGGGGCCAGUCCCCACCUCCCCAGCAGCGUAGUGAUGGGGAAGAAGAGGAGGAGGUGGCCGGCUUCAGCAGCGAGAUGCUUGCUGGGGAGCUCAACAACUCUGUGAGCAGCAUCGCAGACUUCCCCAUGCACCUGGCCUGUCCCGAGGAGGAAGAUAAAACAGCAGUAGCAGCAGAGAUGGCAGUGCAGGCAGCUGGCGAUGAGAGCAUCUCCUCCCUGAGUGAGCUGGUGCGGGCCAUGCACCCGUACUGCCUGCCUAACCUCACCCACCUGACGGCACUUGAGGAUGAGCUUCAAGAGCAGCCAGGUGAUUUGACACUGCCUGAGGAUUGUGUGGUGCUGGAAAUUGUGGGCCAGGCGGCCACAGCUGGCAACGACCUGGAGAUCCCAGUUGUGGUGCGACAGAUCCCUACUGGACCCCAGCCUGUCCUCCUGGAUAACUCGCUAGAGGCCAGUGCGGCCUUGCAGCUGCUCAUGCCUACACUAGAGGCAGAGACAGAGGCUGCUGUGCCCAGGGAAGCCCUCUGCCCUGAGAAAGAGGGGUUGUCACUGGACUCAAAGGAAAAGCUGGAGUCAGCCUGCUUGUUGGAGCCCAGGGAGGUCAUGGAGCCAAUGGCACCCAAGGGCCCUCAGAACCCACCAGCCAACACAAUGCUAAGUUCCCAGAGAGCUCGAAAGGGCAGGAAGAAGAAGAGCAAGGAGCAGCCAGCUGCCUGUGCAGAAGGCUAUGCCAGGAGGCUGAGGUCAGCCUCUCGUGGGCAGUCUACAGCAGUUACAGAGCUGACCUCUCAGGGAGGCAGCUUGCCUCAGGAGGACCUUCAAAGAGAGGUUGUGCCUCCCCGUGGUAGAGGGAAGCCCCAGGCUUGGGCUCGGGCCUGGGCAGCUGCCUUGGAGAAGCCUGGCUCUGGGAACUUGGAGAGUAGUGCUGGACAAGCUAGUCCUGCUAAAGAAGGUCCUCUAGACCUCUACCCCAGCCUGGUUGACCCCAUCCAAGCCAACCCUGUUUCAACCCAUCUCUCACUGGUUGACUCUGAAGCUGACCCCAUGCCACUUGACUCUGUUGAAGCUGAUCCCACUGCGGUUGACCCUGAUCCCACUGUGGCUGACCCUGUACCUGUUGACCCUAAACUGGUUGACCGUGCUUUAGCGAACUCAGAGCUGGUUGACCCUCUCCCAGCUGACCCAGUGCUGAUUGACCCAGUUCUGGCUGACUCAGCAGCAGUAGACCGUGCAGUGGUUGUUCCCAUCUCAGAUGACUUGCCUUCAGUUGACCCUAUCCUAGCCAAGCCAGUACAAGUUGACUCUCUUCCCAAUGACCUGGCUCCAGUUGACCCUGUACUAAUUAAGUCUAGGCCAACUGAUCCCAGACGUGGCGCAGUGUCAUCAGCCCAGGGGAGUCCAGCCCCCCAGCUCCUCCUGGAGUCAGAGUCCUCAGACCCCCCAAAGGCCAUCAAUCCUGAAGUCAAGGAGGUCAUGGGUCCUCUGAAGGGGGAAACUGGUACUAGUGCAACAGCCCAGGAAGCCAGGCCUCGGCCUCUUAGCCUAUCUGAGUACCGGCGACGAAGGCAGCAGCGCCAAGCAGAGGCAGAAGAGAGGAACCCCCAUCCCCCAGCUGGGAAGUGGCCCAGCCUCCCAGAAACUCCCACAGGGCUGGCAGACAUCCCUUGUCUUGUCCCACCAGCCACAGCCAAGAAGACAAUUCUGCAGAGAAGCCCUGAGGCUCCUUCUGAGGCUUGCUUUGCUCCUAUGGGUCCCAGCCCUGCCUCUCCUAGUCCUGAGCCACCUGCAAGCAAACCUGUGGCCUCAACUCCCACUGAGCAGGUGCCAUCCCAAGAGAUGCUACUGCCAGCAAGACCUCCACCUCCUGCUGUGCAGUCCAUGCCCCCCACAAUGCCCACUGCCCUGCCUUUUCCCACGGGUGGGCUGGGCAUGACCCCCAUGCUGCCCCUUCCCACAAAUGGGCAAAGUGUCCCCAGUCUGCCCCCACCACCCUUGCAGCCUCCUAGUGUUCCAAUGUCUGUGGGGCCAGUGCCACCUGAUCCCUUUACUCACUAUGCCCCUGUGCCACCCUGGCCUUGUUAUCCCCCCUUGUCCCCUUCUGGCUAUCCUUGCUUGCCCCCUCCACUGACGGUGCCCCUAGUGUCUGGUACUCCAGGUGCCUAUGCUGUGCCCUCCACUUGCAAUGUGCCUUGGGUACCUCCUCCUGCCCCAGUCCCACCUUAUAGCUCCAGCUGUACCUAUGGGCCCUUGGGAUGGGGCCCAGGGCUGCAACACCCUCCAUUCUGGCCUGCUGUUCCCCCACCUCCUUUGCCUCUAACCUCUGUUGGAAGAGCUGUUCCCUCACCCAAGGUGGAGCCCAGUGGCAUCCCACCUGGCCCUCCUGAUAGUGUACUGACUGUGCCGAUGGCUCCUCCCCUCUGUCUUGGGGCAGCUGGUCAGGGAGCUCCACAGAUAGAGCCCACCAAGGUGGAGGUCAAGCCAGUGCCUGCAUCUCCCCAUCUGAAACACAAGGUGUCCUCCCCGGUGCACAGCCCUCGGAUCAAGGCUCCACCGUGUCUGCCUGCUGAGAGUGUGGCUGUUGAGGAGCUUGCAUCAGAGAGGCUAAAGCCUGAGCCCCAGGAAGCUAGGCCCAGGGAGAAGGCACCCUCUCCUGUUGCCAAGGCUGUUCCCACAUCUGCACCAAGGCAGAGCACUACCACCAAGCUGCCUGCUGUCCACCCAGCGCGUCUAAGGACACUGUCCUUUCUGCCUACCCCACGUACCCAGGGUCCUGAGGAUGUGGUACAGGCUUUCAUCAGUGAGAUUGGAAUUGAGGCAUCGGACCUGUCCAGUCUGCUGGAGCAAUUUGAGAAAUCAGAAGCCAAAAAGGAGUGCCCUCCCCCGGCUCCUGCUGACAGCCUGGCUGUAGGAAACUCAGGCAGCGUUGACACUCCCCAGGAGAAGAGGCCCCUAGACCGGUUACAAGCCCCAGAACUGGCCAACGUGGCAGGGCUCACCCCUCCAGCUACCCCUCCCCAUCAGUUAUGGAAGCCCCUGGCUGCUGUCUCACUGCUGGCCAAAGCCAAAUCUCCUAAGUCCACCGCCCAGGAGGGAACCCUGAAGCCUGAAGGAGUUACAGAGGCCAAACAUCCAGCUGCAGCCUGCCUCCAAGAAGGGGUCCAUGGCCCUAGUCCAGUCCAUGUGGGCUCUGGGGACCAUGACUAUUGUGUCCGGAGCAGGACCCCCCCAAAAAAGACGCCUGCCCUAGUCAUUCCAGAGGUGGGCUCCCGAUGGAAUGUCAAACGCCAUCAGGAUAUCACCAUCAAACCUGUCUUGUCCCUGGGCCCAGCCACCCCGCUGCCCCCAUGCACAGCUGCCUCCCAGAAGCCACUUGAUCACAGGACUAGCAAUGAUCAGGCAGAUCCCCCAGCCCCUUGCCUUGCCCCAUCCACCUUGCUGUCCCCUGAGGCCUCACCCUGCCGGAAUGACACGAACACUAGGACUCUCCCUGAUCCCUCAGCCAAGCAGCAGUCAAUGCGCUGUUAUCGAAAAGCCUGCAGGUCAGCCAGCCCCCCAAGCCGGGGCUGGCAAGGCCGCCGUGGCCGCAGCAACCGUUCUGUCAGCUCUGGGUCCAACCGGACCAGCGAAGCAUCUUCCUCCUCAUCCUCAUCGUCGUCUUCCUCAUCCCGGUCCCGGUCCCGGUCCCUCUCCCCCCCACACAAGAGGUGGCGAAGGUCCAGUUGCAGUUCCUCUGGACGUUCCCGAAGAUGCUCUUCCUCUUCCUCCUCCUCAUCUUCCUCCUCGUCUUCCUCAUCCUCAUCAUCUAGUUCCCGAAGUCGGUCCCGCUCUCCAUCUCCUCGCCGGAGAAGUGACAGGAGGCGGCGGUACAGUUCUUAUCGUUCACACGACCAUUACCAAAGGCAGAGAGUUCUGCAGAAGGAGCGUGCAAUAGAAGAGAGAAGAGUGGUCUUCAUUGGGAAGAUACCUGGUCGCAUGACUAGGUCAGAGCUGAAACAGAGGUUCUCUGUUUUCGGAGAGAUUGAGGAGUGCACCAUCCACUUCCGUGUCCAAGGUGACAACUAUGGCUUCGUCACUUAUCGCUAUGCUGAGGAGGCAUUUGCAGCCAUUGAGAGUGGCCACAAGCUGAGGCAAGCAGAUGAACAGCCCUUUGAUCUCUGCUUUGGGGGCCGCAGGCAGUUCUGCAAGAGAAGCUAUUCUGAUCUUGACUCCAACCGGGAAGACUUUGACCCUGCUCCUGUAAAGAGCAAAUUUGAUUCUCUUGACUUUGACACAUUGUUGAAACAGGCCCAGAAGAACCUCAGGAGGUAACCCUGGGCCCUUCUCCCCCACCCCCUUUUCUUUGGAGGUGCCCAACCUCCUCCAUUCCCUCCCCCAGUCUAGGGGAGACAGCUGCUAGUGAGGAGAUGACUGUUUUAUAAAGAAAUGGAAAAAAGUGAAAUAAAAAUGUGUUAAAUCAGA